ACGGCGAAGCUUGCCCUGCGUUCUACAAAAAGCCCAAAUUACCAAAAGGACCCUGCCAUUCCUGGCUCCUCUCUCAGGUCAGGUCCCAAAGGGGAAGGGAGAAGUGGGGGAAAGCGCAGAACACAGGAAGGACUUGGGAGUUGGGACUCCUCGCAGCUCGCGGACGCCAGCCUGCGCGGCGACCCCUCUCGGCCGUGCUGCGGUUGCUGCGUGAGAAGCCCUUCUCGCCGCCGCACGCGGAGGUUUUGCUUGAUCCUGCGGUCCUUUCCCUGUUCCAAGGGUCGGCCAACUUUUGCGGUGGUUUUUUGCGGAGCUUAUCGGGAGAUGCUUCCUUUUUUGGUUUAAUCUGUUCGAGAGCACAUUUGUUUGUCCUCUGUGGGAGUUUAUCAAUGUCGGCAGGAGCCACCUUAAACUGGAUUAAAACCCCGUUUAGCACCCGGAGAUUUCAUGAAUUCUCUAGUUUAAGUUUCCGAUGCCGAAACCCUUUUGGAUCAAUGCAGCCUUGCUGGUUGGCAACUGAUCAGGACUCAUCCCUAACCAAGGUUCGUGUGGCUGCAGAUUAUUCAGACUCAGUUCCAGAUUCAAAGUACAUGAGAGAUCGGGGGGGCUAUCAUCCUCUUGAAGAAGUUAAAGAACGUCCAAAGAAGAAGGAUUUGUUGCUAACAGAUGUCGAAACAGCUAGAACAGUAGUAGAGGCCAAUAGCAAGGGAUUGCUUGUAUUUCCUGCAAGGGUGCACAGUGAACCUCAUGGACAUGUUGCAUGGUCAGAGUUUCAAUAUGUUGUUGAUGACUAUGGAGACAUUUUCUUUGAAGUACCUGACAGUGAGAACAUCUUGGAAGAUGAUGCUGCAAACAACCCUGUGACAGUUUUGAUUGGAAUGGACGGACCCAUUAUUGGAGAAAAUAGUGUGGUGAUUAGUGAUUUUAGUGAUUAUAUGCAUGGUGAAAAUUUUAUGGACGUGCCUGAUGAGCACUACAGCAAGAUUGAUACAGAAAUAACUGAUAUUCUUAUAGAAUGGGGAAUGCCAGCAACAAUGCGCACAAUACAUCCGAUUUAUUUUGCCAAAUGUUUGACAAAGGCUGUUCACGAUAAUCAUGGGGAGAAGAUGGAUAGUCCAUCAAAUGGUGUCUCUAUUGUAGGAUAUCUGAGACCUGCGUUUAUAGAGGAAGAAUCUUAUUUGAGGAGCUUAUUUCUUGGUGAAUGCAACAGUGAUGGUUAUUCAUCUGAGUGGAAAGAUGAACGCAACAGAGAAACUCGACCAGUUUCUGGAACCAACCGCCUAAUUGAUGAUGACAAGUCAAGAUUUGACUUCAAUGAUCCCAGAACCAGCACUGAUUCAAUGAUCUACAAACUGGAGAUAAUGACAAUUGAGCUGUUUUCCAUCCACAGAAAGCAAUUAAUGAUUGAUCCACAAGAUUUUCAAGAUGCAGAACCAGAUAUUCUUGCAAAUUCUGCUUCAACGAUUAUACAAAGGAUCAAAGAAAACAGUGACCAGUGUGCAAUGGCUCUCAAGUCACUCUGCCGUAGGAAAAAGAGCCUUACUGUUGAGGAGGCAAGCUUGAUUGGCGUUGACAGUCUUGGUAUUGAUGUAAGAGCCUUUUCUGGCUUGGAAGCUAGGACUGUUCGAUUUUCAUUUAAUGCACAGGCACUCUCCGAGCGUUCAGCUGAAAAGAAGAUCAGGCGAAUGCUUUUCCCCCGCUAUCAACGUAAAACCGUGAAAGCCUCCACUGAAGAUGAGUGUUGAUCUGUUUGCCUGAUUUUCCUUGAAACACCUGGGUCGGCUGGCCCGGCGACAAGGGUGUGAAGGGAAUCAACACAAGAUCUUUGAUUUGAUCUGAUGCCAGUUUGUUAGGAGAUAGUGCACACUUGUCGACUACGAGAAUGACCUGAUCUUUCAGA